CGCAUCGCCGAGAACAAUCCCACGCAGGGGCAGGAUCAGAGUCAGAAUCCGGCCGCGUUGAUGGCGAGGGCGUUGUUGGCGGGUGGCGGUGUGCUAUAGAUUGAUGUGGGAGUGGUUGAUGUGUUUCGAAACGCGUAGUUAUUUUUAUAUGCUUGUUUCUGUUAUUCUACCGAGUGUAUUUGUGUACUGCUGUUCAUCCUCACGAGAGCGUCGGUUGCAUAUUGCUGCAUCAGUCAGUUGGUUUCUUGUUAGGUUUGGUGGGGAGAGGAAAACCAGGGGUUGGCGGCGCUCAAGGGAAGAGGGGGAAUUUGCAUGGAGGGGAGUUGGCAAAGUUAGAAGUACGACGGGAGGGGUAAGAAUAAGAGAAAUGUAAUGUUUUUGCCGUUGAUGGCUGCAUUUGAGUUUCCAUGAGAUGCAGGGCGAU